CUUCUAGCCAAACUUUAGCAGUAGGAACUUUAUUUGCCUGAGAGAGCUGCCUUGAGGCUCCAGGCACCAUGGUGAAGUUCACAAUAGAGCAGAUCCGUGCCCUGAUGGACUACAAGGACAACAUCAGAAAUAUGUCUGUGAUCGCUCACGUCGACCACGGCAAGUCAACUCUCACCGACUCUCUGGUCGCUGCUGCGGGUAUUAUUGCCAUGGAUAACGCUGGCGAUGCUCGCCUUACAGACACAAGACAAGACGAGCAGGACAGGUGUAUCACCAUUAAGUCCACAGGGAUCUCCCUGUACUACCAGAUUGAGGACGAGAAGCUGAAGGGCUUCACUGGCCCCCGCGAGGGCAAUGACUACCUCAUCAACCUGAUCGACUCCCCAGGGCACGUUGAUUUCUCCAGUGAGGUCACAGCCGCCCUGCGCAUCACUGACGGUGCCCUCGUGGUGGUGGACUGCGUGGAGGGAGUCUGCGUGCAGACUGAGACCGUGCUCAGACAGGCCCUGAUUGAGCGUAUCAGGCCGGUGAUGACGGUGAACAAGCUGGACCGCUGCUUCCUGGAGCUCAUGCUGGACGGAGAGGAGGCCUACAACGGCUUCCGCAGGACCAUCGAGUCCGCCAAUGUUAUCAUGGCCACCUACGCCGAUGAGCUGCUGGGAGACACCCAGGUGUACCCCGAAAAGGGCACAGUCUCCUUCUCCGCCGGCCUCCACGGUUGGGCCUUCACCCUCACCGUCUUCGCCGACCUGUACGCCAAGAAGUUUGGCGUCGAGAGGGUGAAGAUGAUGGAGAAGCUGUGGGGCGACAACUUCUUUGACCCCGCCACCAAGAAGUGGACCAAGAAGGAUACCGGCGCCGCCUCCUGCAAGCGCGGAUUUGUGCAGUUUGUGUACGAGCCCAUCAAGACCAUCAUUGACGCCUGCAUGAACGACAACAAGGUCAAGCUGUUCGCCAUGACCGACAAGCUCGGCAUCACCGGCAAGCUCAAGAAGGAGGACAAGGACCUGACCGGCAAGCCCCUCAUGAAGAAGAUCAUGCAGUCGUGGCUGCCCGCCCAUGAGGCCCUACUGGAGAUGAUGAUCUGGCAUCUGCCCUCCCCGGCCACUGCCCAGAAGUACCGCGUGGAGAACCUGUACGAGGGCCCUCUGGAUGACCAGUACGCCAACGCCAUCCGCACCUGCGACUCCAAGGGCCCCCUCAUGCUCUACGUCUCCAAGAUGAUUCCCGCCUCCGACAAGGGCCGCUUCUUCGCCUUCGGCCGUGUCUUCGCCGGCACGGUGUGCACCGGUGCCAAGGUGCGCAUCAUGGGCCCCAACUUUAUCCCGGGCCAGAAGAAGGACCUGUACGUCAAGACCGUGCAGCGCACCGUGCUCUGCAUGGGCAGGCGGCAGGAGGCUGUCGAGGAUGUGCCAUGCGGUAACACCGUGGCUAUGGUGGGUCUGGACCAGUUCAUCACCAAGAACGCGACCCUGACCAACGAGAAGUGCGAGGACGCCCACCCCAUCAAGGCCAUGAAGUUCUCCGUGUCCCCCGUCGUGCGCGUGGCUGUCGAGCCCAAGAACCCCUCCGACCUGCCCAAGCUGGUGGAAGGUCUGAAGCGGCUGGCCAAGUCUGACCCCAUGGUCGUGUGCCAAAUCGAGGAGACUGGAGAGCACAUCAUUGCCGGUGCCGGAGAGCUCCAUCUUGAGAUCUGCCUGAAGGACCUGCAGGAUGAUUUCAUGGGUGGUGCUGAGAUCCGCAUCUCCGACCCUGUGGUGUCCUUCCGCGAGACCGUGUCUCAGAUGUCCGACCACAUCUGCAUGUCCAAGUCCCCCAACAAGCACAACAGGCUCUACCUCCAGGCGCACAAUGCGCGCCCCAUUGAGGAUGGUCUGGCAGAGGCGAUCGACGAGGGCAGGGUUGGGCCGCGCGACGACCCCAAGAUCCGCUCCAAGAUCCUGGCUGAGGAGUUUGGCUGGGAUAAGGACCUUGCCAAGAAGAUCUGGUGCUUUGGCCCUGACACCACCGGCCCCAACCUGCUCACGGACGUGACCAAGGGAGUGCAGUACCUGAACGAGAUCAAGGACUCCUGCAUUGCCGCCUUCCAGUGGGCCACCAAGGAGGGUGUCAUGGCCGAGGAGAACAUGCGCGGCGCUGUGUUCGAGGUGUGUGAUGUGGUGAUGCACGCUGACGCCAUCCACCGUGGUGGCGGCCAGAUCAUCCCGACCUGCCGCCGCGUGCUUUACGCCUGCCAGCUCACUGCGCAGCCCCGCCUGUGCGAGCCCGUCUACCUGGUUGAGAUCCAGGCCCCAGAGCAGUCCCUUGGAGGAAUCUAUUCGGUGCUCAACCAGAAGCGCGGCCAUGUGUUCGAGGAGGCCCAGAGGCCGGGCACGCCCAUCUUCAACCUGAAGGCCUACUUGCCCGUCAUCGAGUCCUUUGGCUUCACCGGCACCCUGCGCGCCGCCACCUCCGGCCAGGCCUUCCCCCAGUGUGUCUUCGAUCACUGGGAGACCAUGAGCCAGGACCCGCUGUCGCCAGGCACCCAGGCCAACACCAUCCUGCUGGACAUCCGCAAGCGCAAGGGCCUCAAGCCCGAGCCCUCGGCACUCUCAGAAUACGAGGACAAGCUCUGAGCAGCCACCGCUGCCCCUGUACAGGAUCCUCUGAGCCCGGGCAAUGCUGCUUCCGCGAUCAUCGAUGGAAUUCGCAAGCGCAAGGGCCUCAAGCCAGAUGUGACGCCCCUCAGCGAGUUUGAGGACCGUCUCUGAACUUGGAGCUUUUAUUUCGGCAGAGUCGCAGAAUGGAUUGGAGGUUUGAGUGGUUUUUGAGAGUUUGUCUUGGCCUGUGCGCCGCUGUAGCUGUGGUGCACAGGUGUCCCUACAUCUGACUGUCCCAAUUCGCCUGAUCACCGUGAGAAAUAUCCCAUCUUGUACUGUAAAACAUCAUGAGUCC